AAGAAGGCAUUGAUCGGCCGUUUAUACCAAAAGCCUAUCUCUUUGAUAUGAUUUUAAACAUUAUUUCGUUGACUACUUUUAAUCAAACACUGGAACCAGAUGAUUUGAGCAGGUUCAAAUAUUUGGCCACUGCUUAUUCCCAUGAAAUGGGUGGCACUCAUAUUGUCUACGAAUUUAUACUUUACAUUCGGUUUUUAAUGUCCGACCCUUUGAUGAAAUAUCGCCACAAUUAUAACCAAUGCUUUGACUAUACGUUAGACGUAUUGAAAGCACACAAAAACACUUACGAUGAGAGCGUUUGUCGCGAUUUUUGCGAUCCGUUUAUCGGCGCUCAGCGUAAGGCAGCGGCCGAGUGUCGGCCCGGAGUUGUCCAGUGGUUGACUGACCAGAACAUUGUCGCCACAGUUAUUGACUUGAUUUUUGCCGGCACAGAGACGACAUACGCCACACUUCAAUGGAUGGUAUUAUUUGUGGCUUAUUUUGAGGUCUGGCAGAGAAAGAUGAGGGCAGAGAUGGAUCACGUGUUGGCCGAUAGAGUGGUCACAUUGGCUGACAGGCGGCGCAUGCAUUGCGUGCAGGCGUUCAUCGCUGAGACCCUACGCUAUCGCACCGCCGCUCCCGUCGGCUUUCCGCGCGUCACUCUAUGCGACACAACAAUCGUUAACACGCGAUCACCCGAUAAAACUCGCCCACAAAUACCGUACGGCCGACACAUUAGACUCCGUUUCUGA